UUCCAAUGACUUCUCUAGGAGCAGUGAGAUCAGCUUGUAAACUAUGGAACACUUUUUCCAAAGCAUUGUGGUAAAGCAGCUAAGGAGAUUAUGGUAGUCAUGAUGUAUCAUUUUGAGGCUUAUUUAAUGAGCAUCAAUCUCCAUAACCAUAAAGACUUGGUAGAUCCAUUUAUAAAGAAAAUAGGUAAACUUAAACACGUCAAAAUAUGUGAAGUAUUUCACUGCAACGGCUUAUUGUUAUGCGUCACUCAUGAAUAUAAGCUCGUGGUAUGGAACCCGUAUUCGGGUCAAACCAGGUGGAUCCAACCUAGAAACGACGACAUAUCAGGCCCUGUUAUAUAUUGUGUGGGAUACGACAUCAACAACAACCACAAAAUCUUGAGGCUUUCUUAUUGGAUUGAUAAUUAUGUUUGUGAAAUCUAUGAUUUUAAGUGUAAUUCAUGGAGGGUUCUUGAUAUCACUAUGGAGUGGUAUAUACGUGGUCAGGGUGUGUCCUUUCAGAAAAAUAGCUACUUUAUUGCUCAGGGAAUGAGGAAAGUGGAAGAAGUAACGUCGAAAGGUUGUUUACUCUGUUUUGAUUUUACAAGAGAGAGAUUUUUGGGCCUUUCUCUGCCAUGUCACUGUCGUAUUGAAGAUUCUGUAAUUCUAUCUGUUGUUAGAGAAGAGAAGCUUGCAGUGUUAUAUAGGAGGCGUGAUGCAUUAGAGAUAGAGAUAUGGAUUACAAAUAAGAUUGAGCCCAAUGAAGUAUUGUGGAGCCACUUCUUAAAACUUGACAUGGUAAGAUUUCAUUAUUUAAAUGGAAGUUUCUUCGUCGACGAGAAGAAGAAAGUGGCAGUGAUUUGUGAUGUAGACUAUACAACGAGGGCCAACUACAAAGCUUGCAUGGUUGGAGAGGGUGGACACUACAGAGAGUGGAUCUCGGAGAAUCUAUCUGUCAGCCACAUAUGUGCUCUUAUGUUCCAAGUUCGAUGCAGAUCCAGUAAUGUUCCAAUACUUACAAGACGACAAGAUUCAUUAGUCUUAUUGUAUAGUUUACAUUAAUACUUAUGUUUUUUUUCCAUCAAGUGUUCUCAUGUCCUUUUGAACAAGACUG